CCUCGACGAUUGGUUCGCCGUCUCGCAAGCUCCACGCUGACUGGCUCGCGCGUCUGCCACUCCUUUUCGGCCAAGUGGCGCGCAGUGCGGCGGCGAGCGGUGGGAGCUUGAGCGGUGCCAGUGGCCGGGUAACCUCGACCGCGCCGGCGAUAUGCUUCCCCUGUCAUUGCUGAAGACAGCUCAGAACCACCCCAUGCUGGUGGAGCUGAAGAAUGGGGAGACAUAUAAUGGGCACCUGGUGAGCUGCGACAACUGGAUGAACAUCAACCUGCGGGAGGUGAUCUGCACGUCACGGGAUGGGGACAAGUUCUGGCGCAUGCCCGAGUGCUACAUCCGGGGCAGCACCAUCAAGUAUCUGCGCAUCCCGGAUGAGAUCAUCGACAUGGUGAAGGAGGAGGUGGUGGCCAAGGGCCGCGGGCGUGGUGGCCUACAGCAGCAGAAGCAGCAGAAGGGUCGUGGCCUGGGCAGUGCGGGCCGAGGUGUGUUUGGGGGCCGGGGCCGUGGCGGGAUCCCAGGCACGGGCCGCGGGCAGCCGGAGAAGAAGCCAGGCAGGCAGGCAGGCAAGCAGUGAGGCUGGAGCCUCCUCAGGAGCCUCAGGUGGAGCCUCGCUUUUAUGUUCAAGCAAAUCUUCACCCACAGGACUUGUGGUGAAUUUGCCGGACCUGCAGUGGAAUUUCCGGAACACUCCAUGCGGGGUGUCUUCGGUAUGUCUGAGAACUCCACCGUGGUUAUGGUCCUUAUUCUGUGUUUCAUAUGGGAAUCGCUGCAUCCUGUGGCCAGCAGGGGUGGAUCUUUAUUUACAGCCGGUACCCCAAGACCGAGCAAGAAGGAUCCUGGUCACCCCAAGUGGCCUUCUGCAAACACUGGUCCAGCCUGCCCCUUCCCACCUUCUCAGUGACAAAGUAAAGCAUCUGGGGUUGACUAAA